GCAGUUUAGUUUGAGUAAUCAAUCGGUAAAGACGCGCGUAAUACAUGCAAUUAAUAAAAGUGCAUUAUAUUUCUAUGAAAAAGAAGAAUUUAAUUAUGUUUUAUCAUUAGUGAUAAAAUUUAGGCGAAUUUCUUGUAUAUUUCUAAGAUAUUAAUGUUUUUAAUAAGUUACGUACGUUCCUUGAUAAGAAUGACCGAAAAGUGUGUUAAGUGAAAACGUAUUACAUUAUGUAUGUAUGUAUGUAAGUACUUACAUACAUAAUGCCGAGGAAUGCUCAUGCUACCGAGAUUUUAUAGUUUUUCAGAAGAAGAUGGCGGUGAUACAGCUGAUUCCUUGGAUAUAAAACCACCCCAGGCUGUAAUCCGACAUAGAAAAUCAGGAUCUUCUCAUAGAAGAGAGAAACACAAUGAAAGAAGAGAUCGUCGUGAGGAUAAGGAACGCAAAUCACGUCACCAUGACCGUGGCGAAGACAGGCAUAGAGACAAACAUAGACACCGUAGACAUGGUAUGGACCCAUUGGAGAGAUCAGAAAGACCAGAAGGUUCUAAAAGAGAAAGAGAAAGAAUGGAACGAUUAGAGAGGAUGGAGAGUCAUUCUAGGGAUAGGGAAUCGAGGCAUGAACGAAAGGAACGUUCUACGGGUGACAGAGUAUUAGAAGAUUUAAGAGAAAGAUUAUUGGAUAAGAGAAGAGAAAGAAGAGAAGAUCCUCGAGAAUUACGUGAAUAUAAGAUUGAAUCACGACGUGAAAUACGUUUGGAUGAUCCUCGUGAAAUUCGUGAUUCUAGAGAUCGCAGAGAGGUACGAAUAGAAGAAAUACGUGAACGUCGUGAUAUGCGAACUAUCGAUGAUGGAAGUGGUAGUAGUCGUCGUGAUAUUCGAAUGGAAGAACGUAGACAAAUUCGUGUUUUAGAAGAGCAAUAUUCUGAAACCGAUUUGAUGGAAAGAACUGAAAGGAGUGAGAAGCGACACAAGAGAUCUCAUAAACAUGAUAGAUUCCGUGACAGAGAAAGAGAAAAAGUUGAACGAGAGAAAGAACAUAGAGAGAAACAGUUACGAGAAGCUAUGGAAAUUGUUAGUACGGAAGAAGUAGACGAAAUGGAGAUCAAUGAAAUUCAAAUUCAUCCGAAAGAACCAAAAGAAAUGACCGAGCAAGAGCUUAGAAAAGAAAGAUUAUUAGAAGCUGACAGAGAAAUGGCUAGAAGAAAGGAAGUAUCCCGUCUAGAAUUAGAAGCUAGACGAUUGAAACGAGGUGAAAAACGACCGUUAAGUCCUGAAACUGAUCAAGACCCAUCUAUCGUUGAAUUAUCAGACGAAAGCCCUAGUCCAACACAAUCCGAUGAAGGUCGUUCUAAAUCAGUCGAAUCAAGACAUUCUUCAGAUGGGCAAAGAAGUAUACAUGAGAGAUCAUCAGACAGACAUUCUUCUGAUUCUUCAGAUUCUAGUAGUGAAGAGGAAGACGAUUCAAACGAAUCAAAUAAAGGUUCUAAUGGUGAUUCUAACGAUGGAUCUGAUUAUAAUAAUCCAAGUCCGUUGUCUGUAGAACGGUUAGCAAAAUCUGAUCAUUCAGAUGGAGAUUCACCUGGUCAUGUUGAUCCGAAUGGUACUAUCAAAAAUACAGAAGAACAAGAGGAAGAAGAGGAAAAGAAAAACGAGGAACCUGAAUUACCUCCAUAUUUACCAGCGAUUCAAGGUUGUAGAAGCGUUGAGGAAUUUCAAUGCUUAAAUCGUAUAGAGGAAGGUACUUAUGGUGUUGUAUACAGAGCUCGCGACAAACGAACGGAGGAAAUCGUUGCAUUGAAAAGAUUAAAAAUGGAGAAAGAAAAGGAAGGAUUUCCUAUUACUAGUUUAAGGGAAAUUAAUACUUUAUUGAAAGCACAACAUCCUAAUAUUGUAACUGUACGAGAAAUAGUUGUUGGUAGUAACAUGGAUAAAAUAUUUAUAGUUAUGGAUUAUGUGGAGCAUGAUUUAAAAUCAUUGAUAGAGACGAUAAAGCAAAAGAAACAAGCUUUCAUUCCUGGUGAGGUAAAGUGUCUUAUGCAACAAUUAUUACGUGCUGUAGCUCACUUGCACGAUAAUUGGAUUCUUCAUCGUGAUUUAAAAACAUCAAAUUUAUUACUAAGUCAUCGAGGUGUUUUAAAAGUUGGCGAUUUUGGUUUAGCUCGUGAAUAUGGAUCUCCGUUGCGACAAUAUACACCAGUUGUAGUUACACUUUGGUAUAGAGCACCAGAAUUAUUGUUAGGUGGCAACGAGUAUAGCACACCUAUUGAUAUGUGGUCUGUAGGAUGUAUUUUUGCAGAAUUAUUAAGAAUGGAAGCACUCUUUCCAGGAAAAUCAGAAAUUGAUCAAUUGAAUAGAAUAUUUAAAGAAUUGGGUACACCGAGUGAUCGUAUUUGGCCAGGAUAUAGUAAAUUACCAAUGGUUCAAAAAAUUCCAUUCGCUCACUAUCCUGUUAAUAAUUUAAGACAAAGAUUUAGUUUAUCUCUUUCGGAUUUAGGCGUUGAAUUAUUGAACAAAUUCUUGACAUAUGAUCCACAACAAAGGAUAACUGCCGAUGAUGCCUUGAAACAUUCAUACUUUACGGAAGCACCUUUACCAAUCGCUCCAGAAAUGUUUCCUACCUGGCCUGCUAAAUCCGAAUUAGGACAAAGAACGGCCAAUGCAUCUCCCAAACCACCUAGUGGUGGAAAAGAAUACAAACAGUUGGGAGACGGCGACGAUGCUGAUCUAAGUAAUUCAGGUUUUCAUAUGGGAUUGAUGGAUGGUGGAAGACACCCCCCUGUUGGAGGUGGUUUUCAUUUGAAAUUUUAACAAUUGUAACAAAUUCUUUGUUAAUACGAAAAAAUAAAUACAUAUAUAUUUAUAUAU